ACGUCUAUCUGAUCUCUAGCAGAUUUCCAAGAUGACAUCCUCUCUUGGCUCAAUGGGAGCUUUAGAAGCAUCGCAGGAGCACGUUGAGAGCGCCCUCCUGCAGAUCUUUCGAUUUGAAAACAAACAGCUUUCGCGUGCUGUCACGGAGGCCACUUUCGAGCUUCUCAUUACCAAGCUUCUUCUUGGGAUUUUGGAUGAACGGCUCCCGCACACAUGCAGUGGGAUGCAGCCUCAGGGAUCUCUGGACGUCUUGCUGUUUAAGAUUCUGGACAAUGUCGAUCGGACUUCAUCGUUUGUUGUCCUGAUAAGCCUUUUACGCCCAUCAAAGCAGCCUUCACUGGCUGGGAACCACAAAUUCCAUAAAUUGGUCAUCCAAUGCUUAAUGAGAUAUACUUCGGUUGUCAAGAGUAUUAUACACUCUGUUGAUCUUGACAGCGUCCUUCUCAGCAUCCACGAGUAUCUACAAGAACUGGGAUUGCGCAGAAUCAGGCGAAGAGCUGCCAUUGGCAAUAGUCCGCUGCAAAUGAUCCUAACCUUUCUCCAAGAACUCGUGAAGCUUCUGGGUACGGCGAUCGAGGGUCACCUCUCGAGGAUCCCCAGGGGCAUGGACCCUCAGACUAUUAUUUUUGUCUACAUCAAUCUUUAUCUCGAGACCCUGGCUGCUUCGAGAAGGAGACUCACAUCGCCUCCUGCUGAGUAA